AUGGAAAAACUAAAUAUGAAAGCAUUUGAGGGACACAACGGGAUCAAAACGUAUAUUUCACCUCAACACGCAACUGAGGGUGUUUCAACAGACCAAAAAGCUCUCUUCGUCGCCCUGACUGAAGCUGGUUUUGCCGACGGGAAUACGACUUACAGAGCACCCUGCCCGACAGGAACAAUUGUUCCUCAUCUUGAAAACUUUCACUAUGACACAGCUUUGAUGGCAGAGUGCAUUCCUUGCCCUCCAGGUGGUUUUUAUUCCGAUAGUGUGGCAACCGUCGGGGAAGAAUGCCUGCGGUGUAAUCUGGGAACGUAUGUCCCUCCAGAAAAUGCGCCGGGGAAGAAAGUCUUGGACUGCGAAGUGUGUCCCACAGGUACUAGGACAAAUCUUCACUCCGGCCACAGAGCCUGUAAAUGUAUCGAGCGAUUCCACCGCAGUGAUAGAUUCGGUCCUUGUGAGAGCUGUCCUUCCAAAGGCAUGGAUUGUGUGAAUGAAUCAGUUUCACUAAAGCAAGGAUAUUACUGGCAGUGGGAUUCUCAAAUAAACAGGCGUGCCUAUGAAGCUUUUGCCGAAAAUCUGAAAAUCGAAAACAACACUUACCUCAGAAAUUCCACCUCUUAUAACGGAACUCUUCCGAUUCCGUACCAGUGCCCCCAGGUUGUAGCAUGCCAGGGAGGACUGGAGUCGAAAUGUGCUAAAGGGUAUACAGGUCCGUUGUGUGAGGUGUGCGAGGAUGGAUUUUAUAAACGGGUCCUCUCAUGUAAGCCCUGUCCGUCCCGUACUUGGGUCAUCGUGCAGCUGUGCCUUUUAGGAGGGGGUAUUGUUUUGCUCAUAGGUAUUCUGAUCUGGAGUGGUAAAAGAAAAAAAUCAAAGGAAAAGCGCCCUUUGAUCGACAUCUUGUUAGCCAGAUUAAAGAUUGUGAUUGGCUUCUAUCAGGUCACAUCCGGGAUAGUUGAGGCCUUUGUCUAUGUCAAGUGGCCAUCGUCCUUGUCUAUGAUUGGUGAUUAUGCGGAAGUCAUCCAGCUGAACAUCCUGCAGUUUGUUCCGCUCCAUUGCCUGUUUCCAUCUUGGAAGCAAAAUGCUUUUAGCAAAAUGUACGUAAUUUUCGGCAGUAAUUUUUGCGUAAUAUUUUUAGCAUUUGGGGGCUACUGGGUCAAGAAAAUUUUUCUUGCAAGAAAACCAAGAUCAGAUUCUUUAGACGUGAAGGAUUCCCUAUCCACAACGAAAGAUUUCCUGUAUCGUAACGUGUUUCUAUAUCUAUUCAUAACUUAUCCAAGCACGAGUUCGGCGAUUUUGAGGACACUUCCAGUCGCUUGCCACAAGCUCUGCACUGAAACGUCCUGCACGUUCUACCUUAAAGCGGACUACAGCAUCAAGUGCGAGGGUACAAAGUACGAGUUUUUCACACUGUUUGCCUUCGUUGCUUCGUCUUACAUUAUUCUCCUUCCAGUACUCAUCUUUGUGGCUUUGUGGAGACGUAGGAGAAAGCAAAUUCUAGCAGUUGAGAAUGGUGAAGAGGGGUCAGUUGACGAAUCAGAGCUAAUCUCAGGGAUGAGCUUCCUUUACGAGAACUACAACGAUGACGCGUGGUACUGGGAACUUGUAGAGGUGCUACGGAAGCUCGUGUUGACUUGUGGGAUUAUUCUGAUUGGUCGUGAGAGCAGAGCUUACGUUGGUCUGGCCUCGAUCUGUUCCGGACUGUUCGCUAUUGUGUAUGCCUUUCGUAAGCCAAUCAGAGACGAAUUUGAAGACAAAUUGCAGCUAACAUCUCUCCUUGUGAUAUUUCUCAACCUCGGUAUUGGAGUGAUUUUGAAGAUCCCAAAAGAAUCUGUCCCUUCUGAUGUAGAUCAACAUGUCGAUUCGUUGCUAGUGAACAUUCUCGUUGUUGGAGCAAACAUUUUGGUUAUUUUGCUCGUUGUGGGACGCUAUCUUGCUGUAUUGAUACACAACUUUAUGAUGUGGCGCAGAAAUCCGCAGUGUUCCGCUGCGUGCUGCAUCACCAUGCUUCUAUCCUUGAAUGACUUGGGUAGCGGAGUGAAUUCAGUAGCAGCAGGAGGGAAAUCUUCUGGGCUCAAGCUACAACUAGGCGUAGGAGGUGUGGAUAUGCCAUCAAUGCGAGCAGCUGUGAGCGACAAUGUAGAAUUUGAAAUAGAAGAAGUUGACGAGGAAGCGGAGACUGAAAAUAAAGGCAAGAUGAUUAAAGCUGUCCGAAGGUUUAUGUCAAAAGACAAAGGAGGCAGCACCGGGAAUGAGACAAAACACACAACGAGAGCAGUCUCAGAUGGGCGUCGUUUUAAUCGUUUUCCGUCGAUUAAGUCAACAGUUUUGCCGCCUUAGUAACCGAUUCAGCAAAACAGAUCUUUUGAUUUACAAAUACAAAUAUAACAAAAAACAAGGGAAUUAUCCGAGACUGAAGCAUUGCUUGCCUAGGUUCGACUGUUUCUCGACAGACCCGGUAACUCUACGAGCCCAGAAAGCUCAUUUUUGUGGGCCAAGAUUCACUAAAAAAUGAGAUAAUCACAGUUUAAAACUCAAAAAAUUAAAAUAUUCGGAAACCGGAAACAGAUCGAUCAGAUUUUUUAAGCUAAGAUCUGCAAUACCAUUCCUUAAUAUUUGAUUUAAAAAUAUUACUUAAGGCCCGUAAAGUCAACGGAACGUUCGAGAAACAGUUAACCCUAAUGCCAUUAAGUUUCGCAAGAUCUCUCGUGUUUCGUCAAUUUCACCGAAAAAAAAGGAGCGUCGUCACAACAAUACAGCAGUCAGUCAAACGUAGGGCACGUGCAAGGGGAUAAAAUUUAGCCUACUGUGCGCGAAUUUCCCGCUCAAAAUUUCGAUAGAAAAAGGAAGGAAGCAACCGUUGUCAGUGAUCUUCGCAGAGGUCUCGGGUUUAAAUCCCGUACGGGCCUUAAUUUUUAUCAGGUCUUAUUUCCUCUACUACAUAAGUAGGGUUUACUACUGCGAGGAUCGCUUUCAUACAUUUCAUGAAACCGCAGUACACAUAUAUAAUUUUCAUAUAUUCAAAUGUAUUGGUCACCAGUUCAUUUCGAUCUUGCCAUAAUGAUAUCACUGUUGUGAGGUGAAUUGAAAGUUGUUGUUUUGAGACUUUUCUAGUUAAGCCUUUUGUUUUGUUAAUCCUUGCCUGUUGCGCCUCUGCGUUGUUUUGGUAGAAUAUGUUUUUUUGGGCUCAGCUCACGGAUUUCUUUGUUACCGUGUUAGACAUUUAGACAAUUAGACAGUUUCACAGGUGGUCGUGUUUGCGUUGGUAAAGCUGACCUUGAGUUCUACCCACACUGAAGCUCCAGUUUGUGUGCGCAAUUCUUGUGCGCAGCUGUUAGCGUUCAAUUGGUUUGUGUGCGCAAUUCCUGUGCGCAGCUGUUAACGUUUAAUUGGUUCCUUGAUGCUCGCCAAGCACUUCGGAGCGGGCCAACCAGUUUCCCCCUUUUUGUAAAAUAAACGGAUACACUGUGGAAACUCACACGGUCAGCUAACCCAAACACGUCUACGGUUUUCCUACUUAAAGCGUUACUACCUCGCGCAUGAUAAUUAGACGCGUAGAGCAUUAGAUGCACAGAGUAUGAGAUGCAUAAAGCGUUGCUGUGGUAGCUCUCCAGAAGAGAAUAAAAGAAGAAAAGUACAGAGUCUUAACACCUCUCGUUAAUUCAGCCGAGCGAGCCGUAAAACCCCCCAACAAAUUUUGUGGAGGACCCGAAUUUGGUAGAAGAUCCGGAUUUUCUCCAGCGGUCAAGAAAUCAUCGGGGUUGUGAGUGAAACUUUGUUUCUGGUAGCAUGCCUUUCCGUUGCAAGCUAGUUUAACUUUGUAAAUCUCAGUAUUUUUCUUUCAAUAAUGAUCGAGUUUGCAUAGAGUGUGAUUUAUAUUAGUAUUUGAGGUCUCGGGUUUAAAUCCCGUACGGGCCUUAAUUUUUAUCAGGUCUUAUUUCCUCUACCAGGAUUUAUUACUGCGAGGAUCGCUUUCAUACAUUUCAUGAAACCGCACUACACAUAUAUAAUUUUCAUAUAUUCAAAUGUAUUGGUCACCAGUUCAUUUCGAUCUUGCCAUAAUGAUAUCACGUUGAAAAAUUUUGGGCGUAAUUUCCUGAGACACUUAUUUAUUGUACCGCACUGCAAAAUAGUUUCAUUCUUCCAAAUAAAGCACAUUAACAUUUAAACUUUAUUGGGGUGAUGGGAAUCACAUUCCAAUUGAUCAAACGGAUUGUCAUAUUUCUAGAGCAAGGCUAUCUUAAUAAGGCAAGGCUAUCUUAAUAAGGCAAGGCUAUCUUAAUAAGGCAAGGCUAUCUUAAUAAGGUAAGAAAAAUUAGUUUGAAAAAGUGUUGUUUUUUUUUUCAGUACUUGCACAAUAAAGCAAAACUUUCAUUUUCUUACC